UGAUCGGUGCAGGAAGUCAUGACAAACCCAAAACAUCACCUGUGACAACACACACCUGUCACAGGUGAACUUAACUAUACUGCACGAGCGAAUAAUAAUAUUGCACUGUAGAGUUGUUUUCUAAAUACACGUGCAUCUUGGUUUGCGUUUGACUCUCGUGCAUUUGUGCAGUCUUCGUAAAGAGAACUUUAAAAACAUUGUCAUCAUAAGGAGAUAUCGAUAAGGUGCUUAAGAUGAUCAGGAAAGUAAGUAAACUCGUUUUAAGUGUAGAACAGUCUGAAGGUGUCGGAGCUCGAGUUCGCAGGAGUAUUGGAGGGAGAGAGUUGAAGAAUCUCGAUCCUUUCUUGAUGCUUGAUGAAUUCCGUGUCGGCAAACCUGCGGGCUUUCCUGAUCACCCUCACCGUGGAUUUGAGACGGUUACGUAUUUGUUGAGUGGAUCGUCGGCCCAUGAGGAUUCCAGUGGUCACAGCGGGAAGUUGGAACCUGGUGACCUACAGUGGAUGACCGCAGGGCGUGGGGUGAUUCAUGCUGAGAUGCCUGUGUCAGAUGAACCCAUUCAAGGCCUACAGCUUUGGGUGAACUUGAAGGGUACAGAUAAGAUGGUGGAGCCGCAGUACCAGGAGCUAAAGAGCAAAGAGAUCCCCAAACCAAGCAAAGAUGGAGUCACUGUGGCAGUUAUCUCGGGGGAAGCGCUUGGAGUAAAGUCAAAGAUUUACACAAGAACUCCAACCAUGUACCUGGACUUUAAACUGAAGAAAGGUGCAAAACACAUGCAGCCUGUACCCAAAGGUUGGACAGCUUUCAUCUACACAAUCGCAGGUUCUUUAUGCACUGGCCCAGAUGAUGAUCCUCGGACAAUUGAGCCACACCACACAGUGGUUUUUGAAGAUGGUGAAUACAUUAGAGUGGAAAACAAGGCAGUUGAGGAAUCUCACUUUGUGUUAAUUGCUGGUGAACCCAUAAAAGAGCCUGUGGUUCAGUACGGGCCCUUUGUCAUGAACACACAGGAAGAGAUUAAUCAAGCCAUCGGAGAUUACAGAUCAGCCACUAAUGGAUUUGAGAGAGCAAAAGUUUGGAAGUCAAAGAUUGGUCAAAAAUUCUAAGCUUUUCUCAAAAGUUGGUCUGUGUGGGACUACACGUAUAUGUGUUUUUUUUUUCUUCCCGUUUGUGUUCCUAUAACUUAUUAUAUACAAUGCAUUACUAUAUAUACAGUACAGUGAAUAAUGUGUGGGUUAAAUGUAGAAAUAAAGUUGAAAUAUAGUUUUUAAAUGAUAAAAAAUAUAAGAUGUUUAAAAAAAUGAAUGCAAAAGGAUUUGGUCUCUUUUUGGUUGUCAAACAUUAGUGGAAUGUGUCGAAAAAUGUGCUGAACUCCACCUGUGGUUACUCUGCUAGAACACCUGUGUGAACUUGAGGAAAACUGACUUCAUACAUCUACUAAAAAUGUAUUGGUUAAAAGUAAAGUUAGUUCAGAGAAAAGGUCUAGCAACAUUUAUUUGUAGAUACUAUUUGCUUUGAUAUCUUAUUAAAGGAAUGUCAUUUAGACAUUUAAGUGUCCAAAAGUGUCCUCAUAUAUAUAUAUAUAUAUAU